UUGAAUAGUGUAGUCUAGCAUGAGUCCAGCAACUGUUUAGCCCUAAGCGAGCAUAGCAUAUGCAUCUUGCACAUUUUUGUUAAAAGUAUAUAAAAAAGGUUACACGCUUCAUCAUGGCCCUCUGUUGUUCUCUGUCGAACGAAGUUCCCGAACAUCCUGUGGUCUCACCGGUGUCAGGAUCUGUGUUUGAACGUCGGCUGAUUGAAAAGUACAUUGCUGAUAACGGGGUAGAUCCCAUCAAUGGGAAAGAAAUAACUGUAGAUCAACUUAUUGAAAUCAAAACCCCCCCAAUUGUUAAGCCUAAAGUACCAUCUGCAACAAGCAUUCCCGCUGUGCUUAAAUCUUUACAAGAUGAAUGGGAUGCUGUCAUGUUAAAUUCCUUUACUUUGAGGCAACAAUUACAAACUGCUCGACAAGAAUUGAGUCAUGCUCUCUACCAACAUGAUGCUGCUUGUCGUGUUAUUGCACGCCUCCACAAGGAAGUAUCUACAGCACGGGAAGCACUUGCAACUCUUAAGCCCCAGACUGGCUAUGCUGCUGUAUCUACACCAUCUGUUGCUGCCUCAGCUGAAGCUGGUGGUGUGGCAGCACAACCGAUCGAGGCAGCUGGAUUAACUCCGGAAAUCAUAUCACAAUUACAAGAUAAAGCCACUGUUCUUACUCAAGAACGAAAACGUAGAGGCAAGACCAUGCCCGAAGGCUUAGCUACAGCAGAAGCUUUGAAGGGAUAUAAAACUUUGGCAUCUCAUCCGGCUUUGCACAGUGCAAGUAUGCCCGGAAUUUUGACCAUGGACGUUCAUGCCGCUGAUACUUCUCAUAUUUUGACUGGAGGUAACGAUCGAUGCGCUACAGUUUUUAACAAGGACACUGAGCAGGUUGUUGCUGUUCUCAAGGGACAUACAAAAAAAGUUACCAAGGUGCUUUAUCAUCCAGAAGAGGAAGUCGCGAUAACAGCAUCUCCUGAUGCGACGAUUCGUGUUUGGAAUAUAACCGGUUCCUCACAAUCUGCCAUCAUCCGUGCUCAUGAUGGUCCUGUCACAGGCUUGUCGCUCCACGCAACCGGAGAAUAUGUUUUGUCGACGUCACUGGAUCAACACUGGGCAUUUUCAGAUAUUCGCGUUGGGCGGUUGUUGACAAAGGUUGCCGACACAGACGGAAAUCCGCUCACGACAGCCCAGUUCCAUCCAGAUGGUCUCAUUUUCGGUACUGGAACACAAGAUUCACAGAUCAAAAUUUGGGAUUUAAAAGAACAAUCUAACGUGGCCAACUUUCCAGGUCAUUCCGGUCCUAUUGCGGCUUUGUCAUUUUCAGAAAAUGGUUACUAUUUGGCUACAGCGGCAGAAGACUCUUGCGUCAAAUUGUGGGAUUUACGUAAAUUGAAGAAUUUUAAAACAAUUCAGCUCGACGAGGGAUACGAAGUUAAGGACUUGUGCUUCGAUCAAAGCGGCACCUACCUUGCUGUGGCUGGUACCGACGUGCGCGUUUAUCUCUGCAAGCAAUGGGAAACUCUGAAGACUUUUAACGACCAUACAGCAUUGGCUAUGGGAGUCCGUUUCGGCAACCAUGCGCAGUCGAUAGCGUCUGUGAGUAUGGAUCGUACGCUGAAAAUUUAUGGCAUCGAGUGAUUCACUGUAUUCUAUGUUGAGAGGGGAUUUUUAAAUGAACAUUUUCCGUCUUAUCCUUUUUUUUGCUGUAAGGUGUGCAAACCGCAUCGAACUCUCGCCCUCACAAAAAUACACGCGUUUCAUUUUUCCCAUCAAAAA